AUGCUGGUACAACUUGGUAGUGUACCAACAAUCGUAAUCUCCUCUGUUGAAGCUGCAGAGCAAGUCAUGAAAAUACAUGAUCUUGACUUAUGUAAUAGACCUCUACUUGCUGGAGAAAAACGUGUUUUCUAUGAUUGCAGAGAUAUCAUUUUUGCACCUUAUGGAGAGUAUUGGAGGGAAAUUCAGAAAAUAUGUGUUUUUGAACUUUUUAACGCAAAAAGGGUGCAAUCUUUUAAGGUAGUCAGAGAAGAGGAAAUUGUUGUUCUUAUUAAAUCCAUAUCAGAUUCUCCAAAUACUACUACUACUACUACAGUUAACGUUUAUGAAAUGUUAUCAAGUUUUACACAUAAAACAAUAUGUAGAGUUUCUUUUGGUAGCAUAACAGACGAAAGUAACAAUGAAAGACUUUCACAAAUUAUUUCUGAAUUUACAGUUGUUUUGAGUAGUUUCUUUGCGAAUGAUUUUUUUCCUAAGGUAGGUUGGAUUGUCGAUAGGAAAAGCGGACUCCACGGUAAAACUGAAAAAUGCUUUCGUGAUAUUGACAGAAUUUUUCAAGAAAUGAUAAACAAACAUGUCGACCCGGAGAGAGUAAAGACAAACCAUGAUGAUAUAAUAGACGUUUUGCUGAAAAUAAAGAACGAUCCAGUGAUUACAAUUCUUCUCACUCACGACCAUAUAAAAGCAGUUAUCCAGGUGUUUUGGGGUAAAAACUGA